GCGUCGUGCUCGUGCGCUAGGGGGAUUGUGGGAUCGUGGCGGACGGAGCCGGGCGUCGGAGGCCCUGAAGCGGACGGCCGAGCUGGGAGACCCGGCCGCUGUGGAGAAGCGGGCGCCGGAGGAACUGGGCCUCGGCUUCCAUCGGUCACUGCUCAGCUCCGCGGCCUGCUUAGACUGCGAAGGACGCCUUCCCUUACCGCCCUCUGCCUUCCCGCGGCGCGUUGUGCCGGGCCGGGAGACGGGGCGACUUCCCCCCCGGGGGCCUGCGCGGGCCUCGCGACCCCGCUAACUUCUCCCGUUCCCGGUCGCGGUUCGAGCCCACCUCGCCGGCGGGACGCGGACUCCCGCCCUCGCCCUGCCGUUGCCGACCCCGGACUCUGUCGCUCGGCACGCAAGGGCCCCCUUAGGCCCGAGGGCGCCCUCGCAAGACCCCGCGGCCGCCCCCGCCCCCAUAUACCGGGCCCCUGAGCAGGGGCCGGAGCCGCGGGCGGCGGGGCGGGGGGGGGGGCGCCCCGAUGAGCCCCGAGUGCGAGGAGCCGCCGCCCCCCCGCGCAGGGCGCCAUGUUUUGGAAGUUUGACCUGCACACGAGCUCGCACCUGGACACGCUGCUGGAGCGGGAGGACCUGAGCUUGCCCGAGCUGCUGGACGAGGAGGACGUGCUGCAGGAGUGCAAGGUCGUCAACCGCAAGCUGCUGGACUUCCUGCUGCAGCCACCACACCUGGAGGCCAUGGUGGCCUGGGUCACCCAGGAGCCACCGACCAGCGGCGAGGAGCGGCUGCGCUACAAGUACCCAAGCGUGGCUUGCGAGAUCCUGACAUCGGAUGUGCCCCAGAUCAAUGAUGCGCUGGGCGCAGACGAGUCCCUCCUGAACCGGCUCUACGGUUUCCUGCAGAGCAGCGGCAGCCUCAAUCCACUGCUGGCCAGCUUCUUCAGCAAAGUCAUGGGCAUCCUCAUCAACCGCAAGACAGACCAGCUCGUGUCCUUCCUGCGGAAGAAGGACGACUUUGUGGACCUGCUGCUGCGGCACAUCGGCACCUCGGCCGUCAUGGACCUCCUGCUGCGCCUCCUCACCUGCGUGGAGCGGCCGCAGCUGCGGCAGGACGUGGUCAAUUGGCUCAACGAGGAGAAGAUUGUCCAGCGGCUCAUCGAGCAGAUCCAUCCAUCAAAAGAUGACAAUCAACAUUCCAAUGCGUCCCAGUCCCUUUGCGACAUCAUCCGCCUGAGCCGGGAGCAGAUGAGCCAAGCCCAGGACAGCCCGGAGCCCGACCAGCUGCUGGCUACUCUGGAGAAGCAGGAGACGAUCGAGCAGCUCUUGAGCAACAUGCUGGAGGGGGAGCAGAGCCAGUCGGUCAUCGUGAGCGGGGUCCAGGUGCUGCUCACGCUGCUGGAGCCCAGGAGGCCAAGGCCUGAGUCUGUGACCGUGAACAACUUCUUCAGCAGCGUGGAUGGGCAGCUGGAGCUCCUGGCCCAGGGGACCCUGGACAGCACCGUGUCCAGCGUGGGUGCCCUGCAUGCCCUGCGCCCGAGGCUCAGUCACUUCCGCCAGCUCCUGCUUGAGCCCCCAGAGCAGGAGCCUCUGCGCACAACGUGGGGCAGCCUGGCCCCACCUCUGGGCAACACACGGCUGCACGUGGUAAAGCUGCUGGCCAGCGCCCUAAGCGCCAACGACGUGGCCCUGACCCAGGAGCUGCUGGCUCUGGACGUGCCCAACACCAUGCUGGACCUCUUCUUCCACUACGUGUUCAACAACUUCUUGCACACCCAAGUGGAGGUGUGCGUGAGCGCCCUGCUGAGUGCCGGGCCCCCUUCUGACAGCAAUCCGGAGACAUCUGCCCCGAACGCCGUCGUGAAACACCUGCUGCAGCAGUGCCGACUAGUGGAGCGCAUCCUGACAUCCUGGGAGGAGAACGACCGCACACAGUCUGUGGGGGGCCCGCGGAGAGGCUACAUGGGCCACCUGACGAGAGUGGCCAAUGCCCUGGUGCAGAACGCGGAGAAGGGGCCCAACGCUGAGCAGCUGGGGCAGCUCCUGAAGGAGCUGCCGGGAGAGCAGCAGGAGCGGUGGGAGGCGUUCGUGUCGGGCCCCCUGGCUGAGACCAACAAGAAGAACAUGGUGGACCUGGUGAGCGCCCACCACCUGCACUCCUCCAGCGACGACGAGGACGACCGGCUCAAGGAGUUCAGCUUCCCCGAGGAGGCGGUGCUGCAGCAGGCCUUCAUGGACUUCCAGAUGCAGCGCAUGACCUCAGCCUUCAUUGACCACUUCGGCUUCAACGACGAGGAAUUCGGCGAGCAGGAGGAGAAUGUGAAUGCACCUUUCGACAAGACCGCCAACAUCACUUUCUCCCUCAACGCAGACGAUGAGAACCCCAACGCCCACCUGCUCGAGAUAUGCUACAAGGACCGCAUCCAGCAGUUUGACGAAGAGGAGGAGGAGGAGGAGGAGGGCCAGGGCUCCGGGGAGUCUGACGGGGAGGAUGGCUCCUGGCGCGGCCCACUCUCCAGGGGGGCCCGCCUGGGCCAGCCCCCGGGUGUGCGGAGUGGGGGCAGCACGGACAGUGAGGAGGAGGAGGAGGAGGACGAGGAUGGCGAUGGCCAGGCGGCUCUUGGGGGGCCCGGGCCCCCCUCUUACCCUGGCCCUGGCCCACAGCCUCCAGGCCCGGGCCCUGGCUGGACUGCAACCUUUGACCCAGUGCCUAGGGGUGCCCCACCUGGCCCCCAGGACUCCAGGGAGGAGGAGCCUCACUCCAGGCCCCCGGCCCUGAGCCCAGCCAACCCUGCCGCCCAUGAAGCCCGGCAGCUCAGGUCUCAGGACCCCGCGGCCCCCUCAGCACCUCAGGAAGCCUCAGACGGCAGCCAUGCAGUGGGGCCCUCAGCCCCCUGCCAGACCUUGGUCAGCGUGGAGGACCUCCAGGCCACCCUCAGAGGGACACGCUCCGCCCCCAGCCCCUUGGACAGUGCAACUAGAGACCCUGCUACCUCUGUCCCAGCCCCUGCGGCCUGCCAGCACCCUCAGACCACGGAGGGGGAAAAGAGCCCAGAGCCCUUAGGGCUCUCUCGGUGCCGGAGUGCCCAGGCCCUGGAGCUGCCUCCAAUGCCCAGUGGCUCUGCCCCAGGAGGGCCAGCGGCCCUGGGCUCCCAGUAACUGCCUGUGUCCCGGGGUGGCAGCCGCACCCUCCAACCUCCUCAUGCGCCCUGCCUGGGUCGGGGGCAGGGCGGGUCCUGCGAGGCCCUGCUGCCACCCCACCGCCCCACCCUGCCAUCCCCGCGCUGUGUUCUCUGCACUCCCAGGAACCGGGGGCCUGGGAGAGUGGUCCGCACCCCCACCCCCGUUUGCACUGAGAGAAGAAGCGACAGAGUUGUCUCCUAGGAUCAAAAUGGGGCCACAGACAGAAAGGAGGGAGGGGAGACCUAUAUUAUAUAUUAUAUAUAUGUACUGAGGGGGGAGUGGGCAGAGAGCCAGGCGGCGGGCGGGGGACCUCACCGUGGCCCAGGGGCGCCGUGCUGGGCGCCCGCCGUGCUCCCUCCCUCUGUGUCCACGCCCACGCCCACACUCGGCCUGUCAGCUCAGGUCCACUCUGUGGAGGCCCGAGUGGGGCCGUGCCUUUGCCCGAACCCCUCACCCCGGACCCUGCACUUUCCCCCAGGCUGGGAGCUCCAGGGCCCUCCACCUGGCUGGCCGACUCUGCAGAAACGGGGUCGCAGUCUGAGGGCUCCUCUCUGGAGACAUUCCUGUGGGGCCCUGACACUCACUGAGACCCCGAUGCCUCCCAUGGACCCUGGGGCAGGGGUUUGGCGGGGGUCUGGCUGGGUCCCCUCUGUCCAAGGGUCAGGGGUCCAGCCCAGCUGCCAAGUGACCUUGUCCCAGCUCCCUGUCCCCAGGCUGGCGUGAGUGUGUGUGUGUCCGUGCUGAGCUUCUAUUUCAUAUUGCAAAUAUAAAUAAAUGAAGACAGUUGAAGAUG